AUGGCUACCGUAGAGUCACGCAAAGACGAGGAGGCGACCACUAUCAAAGUCGCCUCGUCAAAAGCGAUCCGUAAUGUUGCCAAGCUGAAGAGACAAUCCACUAAGCCCUCUAAGCCAGGCAAUUGGAAGGAGGCCACGACAUCGAUCGAGAACGAGGAAAAGAAACGAGCCAAAGAGGCUCCCCCGAGCCCCAUCAUCAAUCAACUCGACCCUCCCGCACAAGUAACAUUCGACACCGGUCGGCCGCUCGACGAUGUUCCCGACCUUAUCUACUGCAAACUCUGCAAAAAGGGAGUCAUCAGAACCUCCGGUAAGGAGCAUAUCGACGAAUGUCUCCGCAUCAAGAGGGAAAAGGCGCAACGCAAAAAGGAGGCCCGCGAGGCGCGUGAGCGCGCCAAGGAAGCUGCGCGCGAGGAGGAGGCCCGCAAAAACAAUCCCGGCGGGAACAGCGGGAAGACGACCAAGAAGGCGACUGGCAAGAAGCCCGAUACCGGCGGGAAGAAGAGGAAGGCCGAGGGAGACCUGGAGAAGGGCAAGGCCAAGAAGAAGAAGGACGAACCGAAACCCAAGACCGCCAAGCCCAAGGGCCCUGUGGAUGUUGAGAGGCAGUGCGGUGUCAUCUUGCCCAACGGCCAGCCUUGCGCCCGUUCGCUCACUUGCAAGAGUCAUAGUAUGUCGGCCAAGAGAUCGGUACCAGGGCGAUCCUUACCGUAUGAUAUGCUACUGGUGGCAUACCAGAAGAAGAACCAAGCGAAGCAGCAGAGGGCCGCCAUCGACGCGAAUGCCCCGUUAGAGGACGACGACGAUCCGAAUGCCGGUGCGGUGGACAGUGACGAGGAGACAGCUGCCGUCAUGAACGCCCUAGCGAAUUGGCGACCACAACCGGUUGUCCCUCAGCCCAUUAUUGCACCGAUCAAGAGGCAGUACCAGCUGGCACGACUACACGAGCAACUCCAAACGGUAACCAAUGGCGGUCGACUCAACAUCUUCAAGGUCGUUGGAUUUGGUGCCCAGAAGCUGCCAGAGGGCCAUCCCGGUCUCUAUCAGCAGCACGAAGAGGAACAUGGCGGCGACCCCGACGUGUCCAUGCAAGAUUCAUUUUCUCGACGUUCAUCCACCUUUAGUCUUGCAGGACCACCGCAGCGAAGGCCAUCAGUGACAAGCAGAGCUUAG